ACGUCUCAGCUUUAGUAUGAGCCAAUUCUCCUGAGACAAAGUACUCAGCGACGCCCUCUCCAUCACGUCUAUGGGUCAAUACCGCAGAGUCCUCCCCCAUAACUGUUGGUGAGGAAACAGUCCCGUUUGCUAGAUGUGGCUCUCAUCUGCCUCCGCCUGGGAGUCACCACACUCUCUGCUCACCUGCUUUGCCUGCGUGAACCUCAGUGUCUAUGGUGCAGGAACACACAUGCUUCUACUCACACCGUGCCUUGCUAUGCAGCCAGCUCCUAUCCUUUGAGGUCGCCAGCUUUGAUCUGCCCACCCUGCUAGCGACGACAGACCUCCACCCCUCAUAAUAAGUCAGUUGUGUGAUCCGCCUCACCUGUGUCUUCCUUAAAAAGACAGGUCACCUGCCACGCCUGUGAUCGCAUCACAGGACAUCACCAGGGCUCAUUGAUCAUGAUCUCAUGGCUCUGAACAAAGAAGAAAAAUGUGGCUGUUAUUCCUAACUAUUGGCCCAGAACAUCACACUGCCCCCCCAGAUCCCCAACAAGAACAAGAACAUCCGACUGUGAGUCUCAGGCGUCCACCCAUCACGUCAUCCAGAACACCGGCCAGCUGCCACGCAUUAAGAUAAUAUGGCAGGACUUCACCAAAUCUUGUAAGGAUCAUUGGAUCACCGCUGCCCUAACAACAACAUGUGGAUGUUAUAGAGCACAAAGACACAAAUUAGAUGAAAAAAGGUAGAGGAAUGGGAGGUGAAAAAAGAGAGAAAAACAGUGGAAUUAAAACAAUGCUGGGAUUAAAUGGAGACAAAGACAAUGACAACAUAACAGUGAGCUUCAUUUAAACAUUUUUGGCUGAUUGUUGAAAAAUGAAGUAAUUGAAACAUUUAAUGAAGUAAGGAAAGGCAGGACAGUGACCUAAGAAGCUAUUCAGUGUGACUGGCCAAAAAAAGUUGCUUGAGAUUUUUUCCUUUUUCUAUUAAGUGGUUAGAUUUCACAGCCCAAAACUGAAAAUUGUGACAGUUGUGGCAGCAAGUGUCUGGGAAUUCUCAGGUAAUAUAUCCUGGUAUAACCAUAAUCAGUACCAGAACUACUACUGCGUUGGACUGUACUGGGAGUGGUGAGGGUGGUUGUCACGUGCACUAAUUAUUGUGUGGUAAUAGUGAGUGGUAAAGAAGAGGAGUGCAAGAUGAGGUACUUCCCCAAGAAGAGAAGGAGCAGUCUGUCUGAAUUGAUGCUGAGAGAGUAUGGUGUUCCCUGUCCUGCCUGGACAAGCAUGCAAGUCUUCCGUUACUUAGCCUUUGGACCAAGGAGGAAGUGGGUGAAGAUUUUCCAGACUAGACAAAAUUCCUUGUUGGAGCUGAGUGGAGAUCUGCUCUGGCUAACCAUUGCUGAUCGACCCAAUGUAUCCCACAAUGUGAUGAAGAGAAUCCUUGGCACUGGCCAGUUAAUGACCCUGUACACUUCAAGUCUUUUUCCUCGACUCAAGGAAACAGAAAUCUAUGAGAUACCCGAUCCUGUGUAUCGAUCUUCCAUUGCCCAGGAAGAGUACCAGCCAGUGUUGAUUGGUCUAAGGAAGGGCAGUGUGCUGACUCGCCACAACCUAGAUACUGGAAGAGUCUAUGAUAUGGUUAACCUCGGUCCCUCACCCACCAACACCCUUGCCAUCAACUAUGUGGCAGAUGUACUCGUCAUCAAAUCUCCAAGAUUGUUUCUUGCCAGCCAAUCAGAACACUUCUUCAGGUUCCAUGUGUUCCAGCUUCAUCCCUUCAAGCACCUUGUUACCUUUGACAUAGAGAGUGGAGUCUUUCCAAGCAAGGAACACAGGCAGGAGUUUGGUAAGCUUCGCAAUGCUGAGAUCCACGAUGGUCUUUUGCUGGUCAUGACAGAGAAAAACUUCAACCUUAUUUAUGAUGCAGAGAAAAUCAUUCAGGAUUGUGUUGCUACUCAGAGGGAGGUGAAUAAAGUGUUGGAGGUCCGGCCAGUUAGCAAGGUGAGCCAGGCGCCCAGACUGCUGUUUUCCACCUAUGCUCACCUGGAUAUCCUUGGCCUGGGAGGAUGUCCCUGGACCUAUAUAAGAGCUUUGUCUGAUUCAGUGGUGGAGGUACGAGACAUGGGAUCUGGGGAGUUACUGGGGAAUGGCCGAGUCACCUGGAGUGAUGGUGGAGACCAGAUUGCUCCAGAUUUCCUUAUGUUUCACCCAGAUGACAGCAGCCGGGUCAUCCAUGUUCGCACCCAGGAGAUCCGAAUCUUGGGCAUCCAUCUGAGGAAUGGAAAUCGGGUGCUGGAGGAGGAAUUCAUUUAUCCAGAAAAGAGAAAAAGUUCAGAAAGAGGAGAUGGAACCAGGUAUUCCAGGUCAGGUCGUCUCACCAAGCCAAAAUUCAAAUUAGAUGAUUCCCUGAACCGAGCAUUGUCCUUCAAUGUGGAGACCGAUAUGCGGGUGCUGGUGAUCCUGGAGGCCAGGAGGGAUGGGGACAAAUUCAACUCUACCAUGCUAGAGAAGUUGGUAUUCUAUGACAGCUUUUCCUAUGAGCUGCUGCACCAAAUGGAUAUUAAUGUGCUUGUUGAAGGUGACAUUGAGACCAACAGGCUGAGUGUGAGCAUUGACCGGGAUGUCCUCAACAUUGUCUCACACAAGGGCAGCCAACAUACUGUCCUUUCAUUCAGACUUAAAGAAUAUUUCUCCAAAGAUGAAGACAAUGAGGAGAAUGUGGAAGGGAAAGGAGUCUUGAAAAAAAACAGUAAUCACAAUUUCAAAACAAGGAAAACAUUGCCAGUGUCAGACAGUGAUGAUGGCAGAGGAGAAAGAAGGACCAUACAAAGGGGACAAACCAAAAGGAAGCAGAGAAUUAGAAGUGGAAAUAACAGGAUGAGGAGCAAAAGGAGAUCUUUAAGGAAAAGUCCACUUAGUGAAAGCGAGGAUUCAUCAGAUUGGACUCCAUGAAAUAAUUGUAAGUAGGAAUAAACUUGAUACUAAGUCUUUCCCACUAAAUACUGUAAUUUUGACAUUUAGAUAUAACUUUUUACUUAGUGGACUCUGCCAUUAAUUCCAAGUCUAUACACAUUCAUUCAGUUACACUUUGAUACGCACCCAAGGGCAAAGAGAUGCAGCUAGCAGCAGAUUGGAGCUUUAAUGUUGAUGGUGCUUAUAGAAUACAAUUUAUUGUAUUCUAUAAGCACUAUCAGCAUUAAAGCUGAUGGAGCUUCAAGCUCAAAUUCACACACAAAAAAAAUAACAAAUAACAAAUGGAACAAAAUAGUACAAAGAACAUGUUAUGAACCUUUUCCUUGCUUUAUACAGUAAAAUAUAUGUAAAAUUUCCUUAAGGCCAGUUGUAGAAUAAGCUUCACUAGUUUACAUUUGUAGUCAUCAGAACCCUUCUGUGUAUGAGAUGACCUCAAUAAGUCUGAUUAUUCCACACUGCCUGGUACAUUAAAAGAUCCGUCUUGCAA